UCUGCCUGACUCCAUGUUGAGCAAGCACAGUAACCAGAAGUGUCCUCAUGCAACUACUUGCCUUCUAGAAACAGAAGAAUCUGAAGAGGAGGAUAAAGAAAAUGAUAAAGCUGAAGAUGAUAAGGAGAAUGAAUUGACAGUGGAAGACAAGGAAAGUGAGGAGGAUGAAAUUGGCAAUCUUGAGCUAGCCUGGGACAUGCUGGAGUUAGCGAAAGUCAUUUACAAGAGACAAGAAACAAAAGAAGCUCAGCUCCAUGCAGCUCAAGCUCAUCUGAAGUUAGGAGAAGUUAGCAUUGAAUCUGAAAACUACACCCAGGCAAUAGAGGAGUUCCAGGCCUGCCUGGCCCUGCAGCAGAAGUACCUGGAGGCUCACGACCGGCUCCUGGCUGAGAGCCACUACCAGCUCGCCCUGGCCUACCACUACAACAGCGACUUCGACGAGGCCGUGCUGCAGUUUGGGAAGUCCAUGGAGGUCAUAGACAAGAGACUGGCAAUACUGACUGAGCGAAUAAAGAAGGCAGACACUGGGUCCCCUGAGGACGAGAAGGAGAUAGAGGAGCUGAGACUGCUUCCUGAAAUUAAAGAGAAGAUAGAAGAUUCAAAGGAGUCACAGAAGAGUGCAAAAGUAGCUGAGCUAGGACUGAAAGCAACUCUGGUUGGAACUACAUCUGGCUUUGCACGAAGUGAAGACAGUGGUUCUGUGUCCACAAUUCCAGUAAGGAAAGGAGCUGAUGGUGCAUCUCAGUGUGUAACAGACAUCUCUCAUCUAGUCAGGAAAAAGAGGAAACCAGAGGAGGACACUCAUCAGGGAGACAACGAAGCCAAGAAAUCUAAACCAGAACCAGCUGUCAAUGGUGGUGGUGGGAACCCUGUCCCCAGUGGAAAUGAGGUUGUGGAAAAAAUGGAAGAGGAGACAGAGAAAAGGCCACAAGCAGAAUCAGGGGCUGCAGUUGAAAGCACAGUAUGAUAAUGAUUCUUUAACCUUGGACACUCCUCUCCUUACAAGGAAAAUGGUUUUGUAUAUAGUGUAUUUUUUCACUUUUUGGCAACUUUUGUAUGACUUCAAUAAAGAUUGUAUGCAAAUGG